GUAAAAAUAAUAAUUAUUAAGACGUAACGUUGUUUUUUUUUUAUUUAACAUUUUGUUUUUGCGUGCGCUGCGAUGGCUUUGUGGUUAUUACUUAUUAUUGGUUCACAAACAUGGUGUCUAACAAUGUGCCCGCCAGUUCACAAACACGGGAGAGGUUGCCACUUGGCCAGUGAGCUUUUAUACAUCAACCAGAUAACCGCGAGAAACAGGCGCCUACUGCAAGACCUAUCCAUAUCCACAACAGAUAAACCGACCCUCAGACAAGGAGGCAGUGAAAAAGAAAAAACAGGAUUGAAGGGUACAACGAAACUAUAUUGGAACGUUUCUCACGAACGAUGCGACUACGAGAGGAUCCGCUGUUUGAGGGCAUACGCUACCGGAGCAGUUUGCGCUCGGACGCUUUAUUACAACUACUACAGCUUCCCUAACUAUUGUACGCUGGAGUUUCAUAACUGUAUCAGCAGUUACGAAGGUAUUUGGACGAUCGCUUAUAUGGGUAUUUGUACAGAAUUGGAUAUAGAAAAAUCACGUUAUAUUGAUUUGUCUUAUGAUGAAAUGAUAGACAAUUCAUUUCUAACAAAAAUGUACGUUGUCGACUCUGGCGAGCUAACGGCUGAAGGCUGAUCAAGACUACGAUUAUUUACCACUAAAGUGUCAUUCUAAGGAACUUGUUAACUAUGUAAACAAACCGCCAUAUUGAAAUCAUCAUUCAGGGACAAUUUCAAUAUGGCGGUUUAUUUAUAUAGUUAGCAAGUUUCAAAGAAUGACACUAUAGGUAGACCCUAUCUACGAUGUUUCCUACGGUAUUCCGUGGGCUUUAUCAGUAUAAGGGCACCCCACACUAGCGUCUCCCAUAAGCGUCGGCGUGUAGUCAACUCUACGGCUGCUGCUCGACGCUACGUUGACGCAACUGCACGCCAUUUUCCAUAGCGCCAUAGAAUGCGUCCAAGUCGUCCCGCCAUCUCCUCUUCGGUCUGCCUAAGCCCCGAUCUGCACCAACUAUGGUGAUCCGUAACCAUCUUGUACCACCUUUCCGGGCACA